AUGUCGACAACCCAAAAACAAAAUUCAAUUGAAAAAAAACGAAUUCCACAUCCACCAAGACAAACAAGAAAAUUCAAAAAGCAUUAUAGAGAAGGCAGAGUAUUUCAUUUCUUUCCGGAAGAACCUUGCAGCUUUGCAGAUUUUCUUGGUGGCACCGAGUACACACUCUCGCGAGAUGGAGAUACAUUUACUCGUGUCGUGAAAUUUUUCAGAGACGCGAUCACAAAAGUCGAGAUACAAGAGAAGAUGGAACACUUUUCCCUGGUAGUGAUCCAAGAUCGAGAAAGAGCACGAAAUAUGUUUGUAGUUACGCCAGUUCGUCAUAUUGAGCGUCUUUCAGAAUGUACUGAUGAGGAAAUAUUCGAGUUGUUUCAUUUUGCUGUUCAGCUGAUUGGCGAAGAAACGAAACUAUCAAAUUCUCAUUGGGCGGGAUUACAAUUCGAAAAAAUGACAUUGAAUCAUGGGAACGCAAGGAAUCUUGAACAUCUUCAUUUAAAA